AUGGCGCAAUCGCCGUCCGCCAUGGUGCUCACGGUGCUGCUGUCGGCCCUGCUCGUACUAGUAUCCUCACUAGCGGCAGACGCGCAAUCAAUCCCCUUCCCUGGGAUUCCAAGAUGCACCCUGAUCUCGAACCUCAAGCCCAACAAGGUGCUCAGCUCCAACCUCGGCGGCGACUCCGGCGCGUACGGCUAUUUCCGUAUCCUCGUCUUCCAGCAAGGCAGCAAGAUCAACAUUAAGCUUCACUUCGACAUCGAGUCGCUCACCGCGCCGCUGCCGCCGACCGGCCAGGCGCUCUUUGACGGCCGCCGCGGCAGCAGCGGCGCGCUCGUCUGGCGCCUGCCGAACCCCUGGACUCUCGACGAUAUCAACGAAUUGAAGGUCGACUCGUGGAUCACAGAUGCCGACAACAAGUACAUCAGCCUGGGCGUUGUUGACAAUAACGGGGGCGGGGGUGGAUCCACUGCAAGCAACAGCGGGGUCACGCCGCCGGAUUCGGCGUUCACUCGCGCCCCGUCUGACGGGAAAGCGAACGUCAUAAAACCGGCGAACACGUCGAGCGCGACGGGCGCGAGCAGCGGCGGCGGCUUUAGCAUGACAAAAAGUAUAAAGCCGCUGGACUCAGACACGUCGAUCUACGAUCUGAUUAAGAAGAUCGACGCGAAUCCGGGACGUUACUACGUGCAGAUCAACACGCAGGCGUUUCCCAACGGCGCUAUUCGCGGGCAGAUCUUCCGCCGUUGGAUUCCGCAGGCCAUAUGCUGA